AUGAAUUAAAGGGAGAUUGCCAAAGAAGUCUUAGCUGUUUCAUUGCACAUUGCGGAGGCAGAUAAAUUCAACUUUGAAGAUUCCAAAAAGAGAAUGCAAUUGUUAACAGAAUCUGUCUUAAAAACAAGUAUGUGUUUGAUGUUGACGUAGAUCUAUUGAGAUAGAAACCUAAUAAAAAUUGCAAUCAGACUGUUGACCUUGAGUUUUAAUAAAUUGAUAAUUUAAAAGACUUGUUACCUCAUUUAGCAGAAUGCAGCAAUUUGCGUGAAGUAUUAUGAUAAUGCAUCAAUCAAGCUAAUUUUGCAUGGUAAUCGUUUACAUACCUUACCUGAAGAUCUCUCAACCCUGAGUACCGUUGAAACUUUGGACAUAUCCAACAAUCUCUUUGAUGAUGUAAUCACUUAUACAAUUUAUAGAUUAUUCCCAUAAUCAAAGCUUUGAAAACGAUGCCAAAAUUGUUGCAUCUCCACAUAGGAUUGAGAGACAACAACGAAGAAAAAUAUGUGAUCCAACAGCUGCCCAAUCUGAUUACCCUCAACAACAGAAGACUCAAAUUUUUUGAUCAACUCGACAGUGAUAGACCUUCAGAAAGGCAAUCUGCAAGAUCAGAAAAAUCCUACUAAAGCGAAGUCACUUUCAAUUAGGAAGACGUGGACAAUGUGGAAGUACAUCAUUAUCUUAUUAAGUUAAAAGAACCUUUUUAAUCAAAUUUGUAACAUUGAAAAUAAUCCCAAUCAACAAAAGUCCUACUCUCCACAAUUGGCUGACCAUGUCAAAGAUGUAAUGACUGAUUUCUCCACGAAAGUCCAAUAGACUCACUCCAAACACUUCCUUGAUACACACAUACUCAAAGUAAUUCCUACAUAUUCUACAUAGGCAAAAUAUGAUUUAUACGAAAUCUGUUUCAGAGAACUAAUUGACUAUUUUCGCAAUAAUAACAAUAAACUUGAAUAAGUCUUAAAAACAUUGUAACAUGAGCAUUCCAAUAUUUUUAAUGACCUAACCAAUAUCAUAUACAAUCUCAGAGACUAUAAAAAGAUCUAAAAAGAGAAUCAGGAAAUUGACUAACUCAUCUAAAAUAGUGAUAUUGUUAAAUCUUAAAUUAAAGAAAUUCAACUUCUUAAAGAAGAACGAGAUCGUCUCCUAAUUGACAAAAAUAAACUCUAAUAAUAGAAGGACUAACAAUAUGAGUUACUUCAUCCAUUACAAUUAUAAGUCAAAACAUUAUAGAACAGUGUUCAGAGAUUGGAAUAAGAAAAAGAAAACCUGAAUAAUGUUAUUUCUUAAUUAGAAUAUUAAUUUGCUCAGCAAUAACAAAUACAGAGAUCUAAUAGAGGUAGUUCCAAAUAAAUUCAAUCAGCCAAUCAAUCAUUUUAGGAUAUGCACUCCUUUUCUAAUUUUUAAACUCAACAAGUAGUCAUGCUAGUUAAAGGAACCCAGACUGACAACCAACGAUUUCUUGAAAAGUAAAGCCAAACAAUAGAGUAAGAAGAUAAUGUAAUCUUUACUAAAUCCAUUGAUAUGCAAUCCUUUCAAUAAGAACUUGAAGAUUUAUAAUGUUAAAAUGAAUAACUUCAAUAAGAAAACAAAAAAUACUUAGAAAUGAUAAUCAGAAGAUCAAAGGUUGAAAAAUCUUCCAAUAUCAUGUCUGAUAUCAGUUAUAAACAAACUGAAAGUCCAAGCAUCAUUGAAAAAAAGAGAUACAAAACCUUAUCGGAAUUUCACCUUCUAGUUUAACCCUAAUCAUUUCGACCCUUAACUCUAAAAUAACUCAAAGAUAUCAUUCAGGAUAUUUACGAAAGCAAAACCAAACACGAUAUUCGACAGAAUGAGAGUAAGUUACCUUUAGAAACUAUUGAACAACAUAUGUACACAUAUUUAUAUUGUAAAUAUGGAUUAAAAGUAUUUUAAAUUUAUCAUUAGUAGAAUUUAGCCUUGGAAUGGGUUGCUUGCAUUAUUAAUGCAAUCUAAAAGUAUAUUGCUGAAGACAAUGAUGUUGCUGUAUUCGCAUUGAUGCUUAAAAAUAAUAUUGAUGAAGAUUUUAGACUCAUGCAAUCUUAGCGCAAAUAAAAUAUUGAGUAUAUAAUCUAGGUAAUUUUAUUGAUCUAAAGAGUUAGACAAUUUUAUAAGCUAAGUAUAAAACCAAGCACAUAUUAGAGAUUAAGGAAAUGGUCAAACAAAAAGUAGCCGGAUAAAUAACUCAACAGGAAGUCGUUGAAAUUUUGAAAUGCUGUCUUCCAGAAGAGGAAAAAGAAAUUAUACUCAGUUAAUUAAAGAUGCAUUAAAUUAAAGCUGCUGCCAGUGUAAGCCCAAUUAAAAAGGUCAAUUAAAAAGAGCAGAGAAGACCAAGUGCUUAAAAGGAACCUAUAAAAUAUGAGUUUUCUGUCUUUAUCAAACUAAUUCUUGAAUACUUUAUGAGUCUUCAUCAAUAAUACUUAGCCAAUUUAUGUAUCGUAUUUAAGUCAGUUGACCAUGAUAAGGAUGGAAUUCUCAAUCAAGUAUUUAUUGCAUUUGAUAGUUUAUAGUAAUAAUUCUAAAAAUUGACUGAAAGCAUCAAGCCUAAUUUACAGAAUGAAGAGUAUUCUAAAUUAUAUGAAAUUCUUGAUCCAUUUAAAAAUGAUAAAAUAACAUUUUCAUAAAUUGUAAAAGUGUUCAGAAAUCCAUAAUUUCAUAACAAGAAUGUUGAUCUAAUAUAAUAGAUAUGUAUAAUUUGA